AUGGGCAGCUUUUUCUCUCUGGAAGCAGACAAUAUAGCAGAAGCAGGCAGAGGUCUCAGUUUACACAAUGAGUUACUCAUCACUUGUGUCAAGCUCAUGGGGAUAAGCCGUAUCGAGACUUACACACACGCUCACCCAUGCAAAUAUACAGGUUGGGUGACCACUACUGAUAGCUGCAGUUAUAAGGGACUUAUUGAAUAUCUUGGCUUAGACAGCGAUGACUUUCAGAUGACGUCUCUGCGGCCCGUGUAUAACUGGAGAAAACCUACUAAAGUUUACGUGGACCUGUUUGUGACCUCCAUCACAGAUGUGAAUGAAAAAGCCCAAAGCUUUGCAACGCAGAUCACAGUUGUAUUGUUUGUGUUGACCAAAUAUAUUUCAUCUCUCUGGUCUUGUGUGUUUGCUGUUUUUCUCUUAAGCAUCGCGACAGAAUUUGCAUCUAUGGAAAAUUCUUAUGUAAAGAUGUUCAGUGAGGGUCAUGUACUCCUGUCUGAAACUUUAAUUUUGACCACCGCCUGCAAGAUGGACCUGUACACGUUUCCCUUUGAUGCCCAAACCUGUACUUUGACUCUUCAGUCCGCAUUGCAUUCAAUCAAUGAGCUUACAAUCAAUCAAUUUUCUGAUGCCUCAUUUAUGACUGCCAGCUCUAAGAAGGCUUUUCAAACUCAGGGGGAGUGGGACCUCCUCAGUAUUACUGUAUCUAAAUCCAAUAUGACUACUUUUGGAUAUUUACUGGAUCAGCUGAAAUUUGAGAUCACCAUAAAAAGGAGACCUCUACUGUAUAUCAUCAACUUCAUAUCACCAGUGUUUUGCUUUCUUGUGUUGGAUGUGGCCACGUUUUUCAUGGAUUCAGCAGGAGGAGAGAAGCUGGGCUUUAAAGUGACUUUACUUUUGGCGAUAUCUGUAUUACUGCUCAUUCUUAAUGACACGCUGCCCUCUACUGCCAAUGAGGUCCCAUUGAUUGGGGUUUUCUGCAGUGUGAUUUUUAGUCUCAUUGGUAUCAGCAUUCUUGAGAGCAUUCUUGUGGAUUUUCUGAUGGCUAGAGGAGAUCAGAUUCAUUCAGAAGCACUUGAGGAUUCAACAUCUACUGUUACUGAUUCAAACACCCUACCAGAAACAGCAAAGGACAGAAGUGACGAGCGGUUAACUACCCUGGAGCGUCUGAGGCAAAUCCUUAAGUUUCGCACUGCAGCCAAUCCUAAAGGCGGCGCGAAGACAUCCGGGUGCUGGCACAGAGCGGCAAUGAUAAUCAACACUACUUUCAUUAUUAUCUACAUUCUCGCCAUCAUUGUGUUCCUAUCAGUGGUUGGUAAAGCUUGGUUCACAGAAUAAUAUCAGAUGUUUUUUUUCGUGAGAUGGCAUAAGCCUUUUUGCAUGGUUU